ACAGGGAUGACUCAAAGCUUAUGAACUCCAAGCAGGAGGAGGCUGGAGCCCCAUCGGAGGAAGACUGCAGCAGGCAAAGGCCAAUGUGUGGGGAAGCCAGAGGUAAUCCCAGAGCUCUGAUGCCCAGCCUCCACUGGGAACCUCGCCAGCAUUGCAACAGCUUGAAUUGCACCUUCCUAGUUGCCUAAGUGAGCAACAAGGCUUCUGUCCUGGGAGACUCUAGCCUCUUGCCUUCUGAGGUGCCCAAAGAGCUGCCACCCCUCCACAGCCACUGUCCUAACCGCAGCUGCUGCACCUUCCCAUCCACUGUCUCCAUGCACUGGUGGAACCUGCCCCGGCAAGGCCGCCGGAGAGGCCGGGAGAAGAAUGGAGUGUCCUUUGAACGCGCUCCAGCAGUGACAGGUGGCCUGAAAGGCGACGCGUAACGGUCUCCCCCUGGUGUAAAGGAUACUUCUCUCCCCACACUAAUCCGGCUCCGUCCCGCUGAGUAUAGAAGGGGCCGGCUCCGUCCCAGCAUUGGCACAGCUCGGAUGCUGCUCUGACUGCCUGCUGCAACGGGGACCAGGGCAUGGCGGGGGGGUGCUAGGACUCGCGCUCCCGAUGGCCGCAGCAGAAGGAAGCGCCGAGCACGUGCUGCGGAGCAUGGAAGCAGAAGCCUCACCAAAGCCUGCAGAGAUGCCCCAGGCUUUGGAGGGCCCCGCAGGGCAGCCAGCUGCUGCCACAGCUCCUUCGGAGGGGGCGCCAGUGGGCCAGAACGCCAGGCCUUGCACCAGCGUGGGGGAGGGCAUGGCCCCCGGAGGAGCAGAGAGCCGCGCUGGCCAGUCGGCUCCAGCAACCUCGCAGCCAGCGGAGAGAGAAGGAGAAAAGACAGAGCCUGGAGAGAAGGGCGUCCCCAUGGCUGGGAAGGGGACGAAGAAAGCAGUGGCCAAGGAGGAGGCAGAAAGCCAGAGCCAGCCUACGGCCUCCAAGCAUGAGCCCCCAGCUCCCCAGCGGAGCCUGAGCUGCCCAGUCGGCAGCCAGAGGCCAGGGGAGGAGCCCCAGGCUGUGAAGAUGGGAGCCGAAGGGAAGAGCCCGCGGGGUAGAGCAACUCCUGCCAAAGGCGUCAGCGCUUUGCCAGCAGAACCCAGCCAAGCGGAGGUGCCUGGCCCUGCUUCGGAUGCCCCCAGAGACCAGACUUGUCCAGAGAAACCCACCCCAAGUGAGGUGUCCAGCCCAGCUAGCAGCAGUGGGGACCUGACCCCUGCAGAGCCCCCCAGCUCGGAGGGGCUACCCCACCCGGCUUCAGACGAGACCCCUGCAGAGCCCCCCAGCUCGGUGGGGCUACCCCACCCGGCUUCAGACGAGACCCCUGCAGAGCCCCCCAGCUCAGAGGGGCUACCCCACCCUGCUUCAGACGAGACCCCUGCAAAGCCCCCCAGCUCGGAGGGGCUACCCCACCCUGCUUCAGACGAGACCCCUGCAGAGCCCCCCAGCUCGGAGGGGCUACCCCACCCGGCUUCAGACGAGACCCCUGCAGGGCCACCCAGCUCAGAGGGGCUACCCCACCCGGCUUCAGACGAGACCCCUGCAGGGCCACCCAGCUCGGAGGGGCUACCCCACCCGGCUUCAGACGAGACCCCUGCAGGGCCACCCAGCUCGGUGGGGCUACCCCACCCGGCUUCAGACGAGACCCCGGCAGAGCCCCCCAGCUCGGUGGGGCUACCCCACCUGGCUUCAGACGAGACCCCUGCAGGGCCACCCAGCUCGGUGGGGCUACCCCACCCGGCUUCAGACGAGACCCCUGCAGAGCCCAGCUCGGUGGAGCUACCCCACCCAGCUUCAGACGAGACCCCUGCAGAGCCCAGCUCAGUGGAGCAGCCUCCUCCAGCCUUGGACAGCGCCGGAAAUGUGGGGAAAACAGGCCCUGUAGCUGGGGAACAGCCACCUUCACCAGAGGAGGAGGAAGUGGAGCCCCCGCCCAGCCCCUACCUAACGCCAGACUUCGGGAAAGAGGACCCUUUCCAGAUACUGGACGAUAUUCCUCCGCCGCCUGCUCCCUUCGCCCAUCGCAUUGUCUCCCUGAAAUCCGGCACCGUGAACAGCAUGUUCAACAUCAACACCAAGGAGAUGCUGGGCGGGGGGAAGUUUGGUGAAGUUCGCACGUGCACCGAGAGAGGGACGGGGCUCAAACUCGCGGCCAAAAUCAUUAGGAAACAGGGCUCGAAGGACAAGGAGAUGGCCUUGGUUGAAAUCGAGGUGAUGAACCAGCUGAACCACAGGAACCUGAUCCAGCUCUACGACGCUCUCGAGAUGCCCCGGGAAAUCAUCCUCUUCAUGGAGUUCGUGGAGGGCGGGGAGCUCUUUGAGCGCAUCAUCGACGAGGAUUACCACCUGACGGAAGUGGACUGCAUGGUGUUCGUAAGGCAGAUCUGCGACGGGAUCACCUUCAUGCAUCAGAUGCACGUCCUGCACUUGGACCUCAAGCCUGAGAACAUCCUGUGUGUCACCUCCACGGGGCACAUGGUGAAGAUCAUCGACUUUGGGCUGGCACGAAGAUACAACCCCCGGGAGAAGCUGAAAGUGAACUUUGGGACCCCCGAGUUCCUGUCCCCGGAGGUGGUGAACUACGACCAAGUCUCCUAUUCGACAGACAUGUGGAGUCUGGGCGUGAUCACCUACAUGUUGCUAAGUGGCCUCUCCCCUUUCCUGGGAGACGACGACGCGGAAACCCUGAACAAUGUCCUGGCAGCCACGUGGUACUUCGACGAGGAAGCCUUUGAGGGCAUCUCGGACGAAGCCAAGGACUUUGUCUCGAAUCUGAUUAUCAAGCAGAAGAGCGGCCGGAUGAGUGCGGCCAGGUGCCUCCAGCACCCCUGGCUGAACGACCUGGCUGAGAAGGCCAAGCGCUGCAACCGGCGCCUGAAGUCCCAGGUCCUGCUCCGGAAGUACGUCAUGCGGCGGCGCUGGAAGAAAAACUUUAUUGGUGUGUGUGCUGCCAACCGAUUCAAGAAGAUCAGCAGCUCGGGAUCCCUGACAGCGCUGGGUGUCUGAGUGUGGGGCUGAGCUGGGUGGGAUUUGAGCAACGCGUGAGUCAAGGCCAAAGGGCAAUCCCCUGAAAUCUGAGCUGUGCACUGAAGGCCUGCUCCCCCGGGCCUGCACAGGAAAGUGGCAUGUAGUCCCUGCUUCUGGAGGCAGGAGGAUCUCCACUUGGGUUCGGAAUCAAUCCGCUUCCCAAACACAAGGAGUUCACUGCUGGGGCAAUGAUUUGAGAUAUCCCAGUCCUGUACAGAUGUGUAAUUCCUGCUCCCACUGCAGUGAGAUUACUGCUGGAUCCCAUCCUGCUGAGAGUCCUGCUCUAGAUUCUGUCCCUGCCAUGAGAUUCCUUCUCUAGAUCCUACCCCGCACUGUCACUGCUCUAGGGUCCAGACCACCGGGAUAAUGCUGCUCGGGAUCCUGAACUGCUGUGAGCUGACUCCUCUCGGUCCUGUGCCCGGUGUGAGGCUCCUGCCCUGGAUCCCAUGCUGCUGCAAAGCUGCCUUUGUGGAUCUCCUUCUGGUUCAAUACCACCACCCUGGAAUUCUCAUUCUCUGUGACGAGGUGCCUGUAGGAUAUGCUACACCUUUGAUCCCCUUUGAGAUUACUGGUCUGGAGCUCACACAAGUGUGGUGUUGCCAUCUGAGCACCCCGUAUCCCUGCUAUAGAUUCGGUCCUGCUGUGACAGCUACCACUCGGCAUCCCAUAGGCUCCUGCUCCUAACCAACUGUGCAAUUACCAGUCCAGGUUUCUUCUGUAUCCCCUAGUGCGUCUGGAUUGUUACUCUGAGUCCCAUCCUCCCUUUGCUGCUAUCGGCCUGGAUCCUUUGCUGUCGUGAGACGACAGCGCUGAACUCGCCGAGCUGUGGAAUUGCCAGCUGGAAUCCCUGUGCACGGUGCGACCAGAGGUGCGGAGAGCACCUUGCAAACCCUAGACUGCAGCAUCCUUAGACUCCACAUUGCAAUUCCCUGCGUUCUGCUGUUUGUGUUCAACUUCUGUUCUGCGACUUGCAAUGGGACACGCAAACCAGCCUAAUGAGUGGGGCAGGGUCCGUGCACCACACACCAGUCUCUACCUGAGAACCAAGAUUCCUGCUCUCUGCCUCUGACUGCAAUAGGAGACACACCAUGGCUAUGUCACAGGACUGCUGGUCACAGCCUCAGAAUGCAGUGAGAUCUGUGUACUGCUGCCUGGAUCUGUGCUCCAGCUCCGGAGUGCAGGAGGAGUAACGUAACUGUGUGCUAGUGUCAGGAUUUGCACUCAAGCCCUCGGAGUGCAGAGUGUACUCCCCGGCCCGCAGGUAGGAUGCCUACUGCCAGCCUCUGGAUCUGCUCACCGCUGGACUAGCAUGCGAGGCUGCUGCUUGAGCAGAAACCCUCCUCUUCCCAUGAUCGGGGUCCUAGAAGCCGGCAUGCAGGGCUGAGUUCCUGUCAGUGCUGGGAGGCUCCACGCACAGGAAAGGAGGAAGUGCAAAGCACAGAUUUCAGGCGCGUUCCCCAGAUGGAGGCCAGGGAAGAAAGAAGGAGGCUUUGUGCUAUUUCCUAACCUCCCUGCCCUUCUGCGCUGCUAGAGAGGGGGAGAACACAACCUUCCCUUCACACGUCCCCCAGAAGAUAAAGGCAAGAGAGCAUCCUAAUGCAGACCAGCUGGGCUCGCCGCUCCCCCUUGCACAUAUGAAAGGACUGCUUCAGCACUGACCACCAACGCACAGGAACUACCCUUUGCUCGCUGGGCCCAGGGACCCCCCGAUGGGAGGAGAGUGUGGGAGCUCCCUCAGGUUCUGGAGUUUCCUUUGUGUUCCAUCCUGAGCCUGAACCAUUGAGCUCAACAGCUGGCAGGGCUUGGUCCGAGGGAAACCCCCUGCAGACCUGCCAUCAAUGUCUGAGCUGCCCGGAGGAUCUAGGCCCCUCUAGGGUGGGGUGUAAUGAUGGGAGUUGCCUCCCCUGGGGAUGCGGGAGUUCCUGUGUGGCUCAGUGUACUGACGUAGUAGCUAGGGGUAGGGAUGGGAGGAUCCUCCAUGGAGUCUGUGCCUCUCUUGGGAGGGGGUUUGCAGAACGAGUCUGAGGCCACGCCCCUUUCUGCCCAAGUGAACCCCGGGCUUGGUGUCGUCCACGGGCGAUUCGUUAUGAAAAAGCAGGGUGCUAGCUAACGGGCAGCCUGUAUCUGUCAGGCACAGAAACAGCCAGACAGCACUUGACCUAGCCCAAAAGUGCCUCACACAGAACAUGGGCACUGAGCCACACCCUCAGCUGGGGUACACUGGUGGGACUCCAUUGACCUCAGAGGAUCUGCACCAGUUUACCCCAGCUGAGGUCUGUAUCUCUUCGCUAAAACCCUUCUCCCUCUGCCCCAUUUUCACCCUGGGUCCACUGGAUUUCCUCUGCCCAGCAGAGCACAAACCCAGAUGUUGGACUCCGGCCCCUGUGUGUGUACCCUCCUUAGCAGCAGCCCCCCGGUAGUGCAGAAGGACGUACGUUCUCUUGAGAGACGCCGGAGCUCUCGGCUUAAUGUAAAUAAAUGUACAGGUCCGAUGCCAA